AUGGGUUCUGUCAGUCUCUUCUUCCUCGUACUUGCAACUGCAGCACCGUUGUUCUCCGCGGCACAAGGCUCUGGCUAUCCGACAGCCAACCUCUCGACGAUGUGGAUCAACAACGACGCCUCCCUCCCGCACAUCCACUAUGAAGGAGGUUUAGCUGUGCGCCCCAUCCUCCUCCGUUCACAAAGUAAAUACUAUAGCCAGUCCUUCGCCACAGGAUUUUUCUGUGCCCCACCUUGUGACAUGUUCUACUUUGGUGUGUUCAUUGUCAAAACCGACCCCGACACCCGUAUCAUUGGUGGGAAUCCGCCCGUGGUCUGGUCGGCCAACCGUGCUCGUCCUGUUAGGGAGAAUGCCACCGUUGAGCUGACUUCAGAUGGAGAAUUGGUCCUUCGUGAUGCUGAUGGUAGCCUGGUCUGGUCGGCCGGUAGCUCGGGGCGGUCGGUAGCUGGCAUGGUGAUCACCAACAUUGGCAAUCUGGUGCUAUUUGAUUUGAUGAAUGCAACUAUAUGGCAGUCAUUUGAUCAUCCUACCGACGUGUUGGUCCCAGGACAGUCACUUCGGGAGGGCAUGAGGCUCACAGCAAGUACAUCUGCAACAAAUUUGACAGAGUCUCAGCUGCAUGCCAUUGUACGCUCGGAUGGUUUGUAUGCUUAUGUUGCAUCUGCACCACCACAAUUCUACUAUAUGCUGACAUCAAAUGAAGAUAAGACGGGAAAUGAAACAACAAAAGUUACAUUCAUGAAUAGCAGCCUCUGCAUCUUUCUCAACUCAACAUUUAAAGAUCCGAAUAGCAAAUCAUGGCCAACAACUAGGUCCACACAGUUCAUAAGACUAGAAUAUGAUGGUCACCUGAGGAUGCAUGAAUGGGAUAUGGCAGAAGAAACUUGGCCUGUUGUGGAGGAGGUAAUAAAGCCAGACAAUGGUGAUUGUGGUUUCCCAACUGUGUGCGGGGAGUACGGAAUAUGCGCAGGCAGGAAGUGCACCUGUCCCCUUCAGGAUAAUAAUAGUUCAGGCUACUUCAAGCCGAUUGGUGAUCCCAAGGACAGUCUUGGUUGCACACCCUUGACCCCAAUCUCUUGUCAAGAAAUGCAACGCCAUCAGCUCAUAACCCUCGACGAAGUUUCUUACUUCGAUGUAAACUACCCCGUUGAGAGUGCAACCACCCCAGAUCAUUGUAAACAAGCCUGCUUGAAAAACUGCUCCUGCAGGGCCGUCAACUUCAGACAAUACUUUGAACAGACUGGAACCGACGGCCAUUGCUUCUGGGUAACCAAGGUCUUCUCCUUGCAAUCAAUAAAACUUGAAUCUGUUAAUUACAAGAGCUCAGUUUUCAUCAAGGUGCAGCUUGGCCCUUCCAAGUCAGCUGCUGCUUCUGCUCGUUCCGCAAACAACAGCAACCUCAUUUUGGGCACUACAAUUCCAGCUAUUAUUAUUGUUGUAUUACUUGCUAUUGCUGUCACCCUUUAUCUACAAAAGAAGGAGAGCAUAUUAUGCCAAGAAAGAUGA